AUGGUGAUCUCUGAUAAAAAAGAAGCUGGCACUGCAAAUGAAGUUGUACUCUCCACCAUGAACUGUGUUGAAAUCGGGGGAUUGCCUGCCAUGGAGUCAAACCUCUCAGUUCUAGAGGAUUUCAAAGUCGUAGCGGACUCCUUCGACAGUCUUAGCAUCACCAAUACCGGCAGCAAAAGCAAUGACACCACAGACGACGAAAUUGCUACCCCCGAGAAUGACGUCGAGCAUGAGCAGGAAAACAACAACUCCAGCGGAGACGACGCAGCCUCCGUCAUUUCCAGUAGCAGCAGCAGCGUCGCAUCCAGUGCCUCCACCACUGCCUCCCUCUCUACCCAAACUGAAAUGGCCCUCCUUGCACGUCACGUGCGCAGCACACUGAACGAAAUCGUCGCUGCUGAAAACACCUUGGCCACUCUUCCCGCGUACGAUGUCUUUGAAAUCUCAGAGCAGCUCCAGCAAACCGCUUUACGCAUUCUUACUGUGUAUAUGUCCCUGUGCGACUUGUUUGAACAGGGGGAGAGUGCUGGCGGAUAUGAGAUGGCUGCUACUAUUCGUGCAGUGAUUGCGGAAUAUCCGACUAUCAGGGGAAGGUGUGGGAUUUAA